UGCAGCUCUACAUUCUGAACACUUCCAAUAGUGUUUUGAAGUUUUUCUGAACUGCAACCAACUUCAUUCAAUAGCCAUAUUGCUUCCGCCAUGAUGUUUCCUUUUUCUUUUCUGUCAUCGCAGUGCCCGACAAAAGACUUGAGAUGGCCACUUCGUCGCACCUUAACUGGUUGAUCGUCCGCAACAACAAUGCCUUCUUGUUGAAGAAGCGUGAUAUCAAGAAACCAUUCAGCACUGAGCCCAACAACUUGACCAAUGUCAGUUCUUACCGCUACAGUGGAAUCGUGCACAAGAAGACCCUCGGCGUUGUACCAGCUGCCGACAAAAAGGGCUUCACCGUUGUUAUGAAGAAGGGCAAAUACGCCCAACGUCCCGCCAAGAGCACUGUUAAAGUGACCAUGAAGGCUGGUCCCAGAAGGUCUUUGAAGAAGUUCAGAAACCUUUUGACCGACAACAAAUACCGCAAGGACUUGACUCAAGCUGCUUUGCGUCGUGCCUCCGCUGUGAUGCGCUCCCAAAAGGCUCCUCAAGUCAAGAAAGCCAAGAAACCAGAAUAGAUGUUAGGCUUUUAAAGAACCCUUUUGAAAUAUAGACAAAACAACUCCAACAACAAA